GGGCUCCGCGGGGCUCCCGCAGUGCCGCCGGCACCGGCGGGACGGCGAGCGCCGGCUGUCUUCUCCGAGGCCGGCAUUGAGCCGCGUUUCGCUUCGCUUCACUGUCUCCGGAGCUUCCCCCCCUCGCUUCCCCGGCCUGCCGCCUCCCCUGCUCGGCUCUCCGCUGCCGCGGCCCUGGCUGUGCUGUCCCGGGAGGUUGCCCCUGUGGAGGCACGGGAGGCGUUUGCUGCAGUGUCGUCCCCCAGCUGAAAGGAGCUGUAAGCAAACGCAUAGGGGCACAACUUUAAAGGACGAGAAGUGGGGGAAGAAAGAGCCAGCAGUCUCAGCAUCUGUAAUCAAGUUUUCUUCUUUCUGAAAUAGUUGUUUUUGUGUUGGGAUGGGUAACCCGAUGUCUUUGCAGUGACUUGAAAUAGUUUGGACUUAUGUAAACUGGAAGAUGUGGAGUGGGCUGUUACCUCCAGGACUGAAUGAAAGUGAUGUUGAUCUAAGUUCUGAUGAUGGAGACGAAUCACCUGAUUCCUGUUCAAAGCAAGACACAAAAGAAAAUACUGAAAGAGUUCAGGGGACUGGACAGGAAAGUAAUGCCAGCAGUGAACCUCUUGUACCAGUGACAGAUGAAGAAAGUGAAUCUCAAAUGUGCCCUCCUGGAGUUUCUGUGAAUAUCUGGAAUAAAUUUGUGGAGCUUCAGAAGAAACACCGUGAAAUGAAAAUGCAAGUGAAAGAGGAAAACAGGUGCCGAAAAAGAAAGCGCCACCGAAAAGCAAAACAGAGAAAGACUGAUGAAGUGGCUAAAAGUAGUCAGCAGUUGGAAAAUGAAGAGAAAUGGAAAGAACUCACACAAUACUUUGGAAUCAACGAUAGAUUUGAAUCACCUGUGAACAGCAGGGCUCCACAAAAGUCUGGCCUUGAACUGAGCAUAGAGAAGUGUGUGGCUGAAGGUGACAUUGCCAAGGCUGAGGAGCUGAGUGACAGAUUAGCCAUUCGUGAGCUUGGUGUGAAAAUUGCCAAAGCUGCCGCUUGCCGCAACUUUGUAAAAGCCAAGCAAGAAGCAGAGGCUGCCCAAGAAGCUCAAAAGAAAAAGAAGCUUGCUUGGGGAUUCGAAGCCAAGAAAAGAUGGGAAACAAAAAGCAACAUGGGAUACAUGUAGUCCAUCCUAUUUUCCUCAGGAGUCAAAUACCUGUUGUUACUUGAAGAAUUUUUGUGGACAAUUUAUUAAAUCUAAACAUAAAACUCCCCAAAACACAACACAUCAAAUGCCUGGUAUUUAUCCUAACACUUUUAAACUGCACUACCUUGUUUUGUCACUGUCUUAUAAAUAAUACAGAAAAAAUACUAUCUAAACAUCAGUACUGUGUUAAAUUUUCCUCCUGGAUAUGAAACCUAAAGAUAAUGCAUUUCAGGUUGAAUUUGGAGUCUGGUAGAGAAUUCUCUGAAGUCGAAAUAAAAUCUUUGGUCCAAA